AUGAAUUCUUCUAGCCAAACCACUGGAAGAGGCACAACAAUCUCCGGAAUAGAAGACGAUUCCUCUUGCUGCAUCAUACAAAUUGAGAACCCUAUAUAUUCCCCCAAACGUCUGAAGAAAUCAGCCGGUGGUCAAUCUUGUUGCAUUUUCAGAGUCCCUCACACUCUCUUCCAAGCCAAUGAAACAGCCUACAAACCGAAGAUUGUCUCAAUCGGUCCUUACCACCAUUGUGAUGGUGAAGUUGAUAAAGAUCAUCUUCAGAUGAUCCAGGAGCACAAACAAAGAUAUCUUGCUUUCUUUUUGUCCAAGACAAAUCAAAAGGAUGUGCAUAUGACGCAUUUACGCGAAGCAGUAUCCGUAAUGGAAGAGAGGAUCAGAGGUUCAUACUCCGAGGAUCUAAAGUUUGAUCGAGAAAAGCUGAUUGAUAUGAUGGUUCUUGACGGUUGCUUCAUCCUCACGUUGCUCAUUGUAGUUUCAAAGAGGAGUACUUGGCGUAUUAAUUAUGCUGAUGACCCUAUUUUCACGUUGAGGUGGAUUCUACCAACCGUUAGAAGUGAUCUACUCCUCCUUGAAAAUCAGGUUCCAUUUUUUGUUCUUCAAGAUAUCCUUAAGACGUCAAGGUUAUUUCCUUCAUCUAACCUAAACGAGAUGAUCUUUGCAUUCUUUAGCUACUCAAUAAGAAGGCCAAAAGAAUUUUGGGAAGAAAGAAAGAAUCUUGAUGCAAGCCAUCUUUUAGAUCUCAUCCGCAAAACUUUUAUACCUAAUCAAACGCAGCAAACAGAAGAAGAAAUAUACAACAAUAUAUUUUGUUGUUCAAGUGAAAACACAUGUUUCAGUAUAUUGAGUCGUCAUACCAAAAAGAAUGUUCAAGCGGAGACACCAAGUUUGAUUGGCUCAGCUAAAAAACUUCAGCUCCGAGGAAUACAAUUUAAGCAAAAAGGAAAAUUUGAGACACCUCUUGACAUAACUUUAAAGAGCGGUGUUCUUGAAAUACCAAAACUAACAUUUGAUGACUUUUUCAGCUCUCUUUUGAUCAACUCUGUGGCUUUUGAGCAGUUUAGUAUGAGAUGCUCGACCGAAAUGACAAGCUAUGUUACUUUCAUGGGAUGCAUCAUAAACACUGAAGAGGAUGCAACGUUUUUAAGCGAGAAAGGGAUCAUAGAGAACUACUUUGGGACUGGAGAACAAGUAUCUUUGUUCUUCAAGAACACUGGCAAAAGCGUUGCGUUUUCUAUAUCAAAGAGUUUUUUGUCAAAUGUGUUCGAGGGGGUGAACGAGCACACUUCGCAAGGAUGCCACGUACAAUGGGCAGGAUUCAAGUACACAUAUUUCAAAAGUCCGUGGGCAUGUCUAUCAUCUUGUGCUGCUUUGAUACUUCUUGUGCUUACCAUGUUCCAAGCUUUCUUCACAGCCUAUCCUUAUUUUCGUCCUCCCAAGUAAAAAGAGGACUUAAGGGAUUAUAUGGCUAGCUCUCGCUAGUGUCGCAGCUUGGGCUUC